AUGGACUCAAACGAUGAGUGGAGCGACUUUGGUAUUGAUUCAGAUGAUCACGACGAUGAUGAUGGCAAGGAGGUCGAGAAAACUAUUCUCACGUUCAGCGACAUCCAAGAAGCCAUGCAGUCACAAAUUGCCGAUAUCCAGUCAGUAUUUGGAAUGAGCAAUGGUGAAUGUCGGGUCUGGCUUCAGAAGUUCAACUGGGGCAAGGAGAAGGUGAUGGAACACUUUUAUGAGAAUCCGGAUUUCAAGAAUUCCAAUGAGAGCUCCGGGGGCCCCACCGAAGAUCAAAUUUGUGACAUUUGUUGUGAGGAGACCCAGCUAAUUGGUUUGCACUGUAACCAUCUCGCUUGUCUGGAAUGUUGGAAGGCCUACCUGGCUGAAAAGAUCAAGGAGGGAAAGUCACAGAUAGGAUGUAUUGGUUCUGAUUGUAAGCAGAUUAUUCAUGAUGAGAAGAUUCAAGAAUUCCUCGAAGACCCGAAAAUUCUGGAAGGCUUUGUUAGAAAUACAGUGAAUGCUUAUGUAGAAACGAGCAGAUGUCUCAUAUGGUGUCCUGGUACUAAUUGUGGUAAUGCAAUUAAGUCGCUUAACCUGGACCCUCAUCAUGUCACCUGUUCCUGUGGCACCCGAUUUUGCUUCUCGUGUGGUCAGAACCCUCAUGAGCCAGUCACCUGUGCCCUCCUGAAAAUUUGGAGCAAGAAGUGUCUAAAGGAGCAAGAUAACAUCUCGGGAGCAGAAUACUCAUCUGAUAAGGAAACUUUGCACUGGGUACUGAGCAACACUAAGGAUUGUCCGAAAUGCAAUACGGCGAUUGAGAAGAAUGGAGGGUGUAACAAGAUGACGUGCAGAAGUGCCAAGUGUCGAUACAAGUUCUGUUGGUUGUGUUUAAAGGAUUGGGCGGUGCAUGGAUAUGGAUAUUGUAAUGUAUUCACACAAAACACCGAAGAGACGCGUGACAGUCGUGCAGACCUCCUUCGCUUCCUAUUCUUCUACAACAGGUUCAAGGCGCAUGAGCAAAGUUUGGAGUUGGAGAAAAAGCUCCGCUCAAAAGUGUCCAGCCAACUGGAAGACUCCGAAGGAAUCUCGUGUUCCGAUGUGAAAUCCCUCGAAAAAACGAUCAAUAUUCUCUCGGAAUCGCGUCAUACCCUUAUGUACACUUAUAUCUUUGCAUACUACUUGGAACAGAAUAAUCAAUCGAUAAUCUUCGAAUCGAACCAGAAGGAUCUCGAAAUGGCGACAGAGCAACUAUCGGGGUAUCUGGAGCAAGACUGGGAUUUUACAAACAAAUCUGAUUUCCAUAAGAUUCUUGAUAAAAGUCGGUAUGUGGAGCAUCGUCGGAAUGUGCUCUUGGAGCAUUGUGCACAGAAAGACGGGCUGGAGUUGAAUACGACAGGGGUGUCUAAAAAGAAGAAAUCAUCUGGAUUCAAACGGAGAAGACCGUGGAGAAUGGUGGUUAUUGUGUUGGCGAUUGUGGUCGUUUUUAUAAUCAAUUUCUUUUUGUGGCGUCACAUCUUUUAUCAAUCAACUCCAUCCGAAAUAGAGAUCGAGCACAUGCAGAGUCCCUUGGAAUAUUCUAGCGUUGAAUGA